AUGAGAAUAAUAGGUUCAAUUGGGCUAUACAAACAUUCAUUACGAGAGUUACCCAGAUCAGAGAUACCAGAAACAUUACGCCCCUUUUUGUGCGUAGAGGACUUCCACAGUGAUAUUGGAAUAUUGAAAUUUGACCCUCAUGAACUAACUCCACUAUGUGUUAAGCAUACUGUAUAUAAGUUCAAUAAAUUAAAUGGGCCAAAUAGAUCAAAUUGGUGGAGGCAACAUAAAUAUCCUCCUUUAAAUGUCCUAUGGCCAAAUCCUAUUCUGCAUAAUUCAAGAUUGGCCCCAAGAAAUGCUACGCCUAGAGAUAUAAAUCGAUUGGCCAAUUUGUGCAAAAUAUCGUCGAGUCAUGGUAUAUCAUGGGACUCUCUGGAUGGUUUAUACAUAAAUUUUGUCAAGGCCAGGGAUGCAGCAAUUGCCAAGUGGCAAGAGGUGGAAUCGCAGAUUGUAGAAUUGGCUUUUAAUGUUACAAAGAAAUGGAUUGUGGAAUGGAGAAUGAAUAAAUUACAGCAUAUAGAAAAUUUGGAGGAUAUGUUUAGCGGAGAUAAACUUGAAAAAUUGAAGUGCCCACCUACAGUGCAUGAGAAGUGGAUUAAAAUACUUGUUUCUAGAUGGAAAACGAGGUACUUAGAUGUGUAUAGCCCUGGAAUGCUUAGCAAAUAUUUGAAGGGCCACGUAACAUUAGCCAUGCUAGAAAGGGAGGCAUUUGAAACUAGUGAAUCAUUGUCAGAUGAUGAAUUUGUUCCAGACGCUAGAAAUCCCUGUUUCAGAAAAGUGAGUGCAGGCUAUGAGGAAAUACCUGGUGAUUUCUGGGACUUGCAAGGAAUAGGAAACUAUAGAGAAUAUGCUGACGGUACUGAUAGUGAUAUUAAUUGA